AUGUCAUUACGUCGGUUUGGCUAUACCUUUCGAGAUGUAGAUUUAUUUUUAACAACAAUUGGAACGAUGACAGCAAAAACGUGUCAGAAAUGGACAAAUAUAUUAGUACAUCAUGACUUUGAUGAUUUUAUAGCAGAUGGACGAGGUCAUGAUGAAAGCACCUAUAAAUCAGGAGAAAUAUGUGCCAAACGUUGGAUCAUUGAAGAUAAUGCCCCGUUCUACAAUAAAGGACGUGGCAGAAGUAUUAUGGCAUCUGAUUUUUUAGUAAUGCAUAGCAGUGCAUCAUUUUUUUCGUUGAAUUGCAACGAAUUUAAAGAAGCAUUGGAGAAAUAUCCUGAUUUAAAUAAUGAUUCAGAUAUUAUCUAUGAGGAGCGAACUGCAUCAGCAACGUUGAAUAUUGGAGGAAAUAGUUAUUUUAAUAACGAAAUAAUCCUGAAGCAAAUCGAACGUCUAUUCCAGUUGUUACGUUUUAAAGAAGAUUAUAAAGAUCAUGAUUUUGUUUGUCUUGUUGACAACGCCCGCACACAUACAGCAGCUGAGUAUACAGUUGAUCCUGGAGGACGAUGUCCAGUAAGCACAAUUGAAUACGUUGAUCAUCAAAAUGUUAGAAGAAUCAUCAAUUGUUAUGAUCAUGAUGGCAAGAGCAAAGGUUUAUUGAAACUAGCAAAUGAGUUGAAUCUUCAUAUACCACGACGUUGUAAAUUACCGGAGUUAAAGAUGAUCAUGUCUGAACAUCCAGCUUUCAAACAUCAAACUCGAAAAGUUGGGAGCCAAAUAUGGAGUUAG